CCCUCUGUCUGGUUGGUCUAUUUCUGUGUCAGGAGUCCCCGGUCGGCGCUGUGUUUGAGUACUUGCUUAAGUUAGCAUUCUGCUAACUCCGCAAUGGACAGUGUCCCUAGUUUUUGCCCCUCGGUCGCCCCUGAGGAAAACGGGCCAGAAACCUGCUUCGGCUCCGCGAUGGAAGAGGGACUAGUCGACGCUUUCGGAGACCUGGCUGCCCUCCCGGUCGAGGUCGGCGAGAGAAGACCGACGUGUUUACGGUGCCGUCGCCCUCAGAAGGUGUGUCUCUGUCCUUUUCUCCCACCACAACCCCUGGAGGUCUCCACAUGUCUGUACGUAGUGCAGCAUCCGGCAGAGGAGAGCAGGGUACUUCGCACAGUGCCUCUACUCGCUGCUUGUUUGCCACAAGGAAAAUGCAAUGUCAUAGUUGGAAGGAGAUUCAGUGAGGAAAAGCACCCAGACCUGGCUGCGGUGUGUCGGGACAGCAGGACGCUGAUCUUGUACCCAGGCCCCAAGUCCCAGAACCUGGAGGAGUUGGUGAAUUACCAAGACGUGGGCGCUGUAAAACAUAACGUCGUCAUUAUAGACGGCACCUGGAGCCAGGCUAAAAACAUGUUCCUCAAAAACAGCCUGUUCCACCUCCCUAAACAGGUGCAGCUCAAUAGGACUCUGUCCAGUCAAUACGUGAUCCGCACACAACCCUCCAACAUCUGUCUUUCCACGCUGGAGUGUGCCGCUGUUGCCCUGUCAAUCCUGGAGCAGAACGACGACAUCCAAGAGGUUCUGCUGAGGCCGCUGAAAGCCCUGUGCUCCUUUCAGCUGCAGCACGGUGCUCAGAUUCAUCACAGCAAGGAGCAUCUACUGAAGAACGGCAUGUACGACAAACCCAUGCCCAAGAACAAACGGAAGAUCAAGAGAAUGGAGAAACUCGUCACCGACCACAACAUCUGCCCAAGAUGAAGCAGGGACUGAGCAGAGAAAAGAGGCUCGACUCAUCUCUGUAUACACUGCACAGGACUGUAUCAUCAGCAUGUAGCAGCAUCAGGGUACAGGCAUGGAAUGGAAACCACUGAACUUUUUUUUUUUUUUUUUUGAUAAUUGCUGGAACCUGGUAAAUGUAAUUUAUGUGUUUGUCAUUAAUUUAAAUAAAUUAAUGACAAAUUAAAGCCGUAGUUGAAGUGUCAUAGUCUGACAAUAAAUCAGGUUUUUCUGACGUUCAUGGUUUUACAUGUUUACAUGAUUCCCUCUUGCAUUUUAUAAACACGACGGUGGUUGUGUUGUAAUUGACUGUAAGUGGAUGGAGUUGGUCACAUGUGGAAGGGCUGAUUUCACUGAUGUCUUUUUUUUUCUUUUCUUUAAAGUAAAAUUUUCAUUCAUCUAAAUAAAAAAAAUAAAAAAAUAGAAUAUUUGACACAACACAAUAAGACCCAGGUGAUUUUACAUGAAACUACCAAAGAGACACAGUUUGGGGGGUUGAUUGCAGUUUAGAAAUGUAUUACACUGUAUAUAAGGUCCCCCAUAGUUGACAAUGCAGUUCGGCUCAGGGUACUUUAAAAUAUACAGUAAGCACAGUAUCUGCAGGUCUUAAAGUCUUAGAAAGCAUUGAAUUCAGUUUCCUCAAAAAAGCCACUUAUCCAGGUC